UCUAUGCUGAUCUAUAAUCUAUGCAUGUCGUAAGCAUAGCAUGAAAGGUUGUUCGCGGUUGUUCGCUAUCAAUGCUAUCAGUAUCAAAAACAGCUAGCUGUACAUGUAGUGAAUAGUUUAUUGAUUAUAGCAUUCUCCAAGUUAUAUGUUCAAUUAUUAAUACAAUUCGUUUAUUAUUUAAUCAACAAUUUAAAAUAUAUUCAACAUGAAUGCUAUGUUAAAUGUUACGAAACGAAUAUUUAAUGCAUCUUGCAAGCGAUAUUCGAGUUCAUCUAAAAAAUUGCCUUCGGAGCUUGUCAUACCAAUAAACAGAGAAAUGAUCAUUUGUUGGCAUCCCGAGAAAAAGUUUCCUUACGAAUGUUCGUUGCCAAUACCAGAAGAAAAAGAAAUUCCAUCGAAUUCUGUGCUAUGCAUCGGUGAAAAGGAGAUUGCAGAUGUUUUUAAGCACAAGAGACCAGAAGUGGUUGUCGAAGAACUUACUAAACUCACAUAUACUACAAAACAUAGGUGGUAUCCCAAAAACUAUCGCAGGAGGUACAGAAAGCCAGAAAUAGAAAGACCAUACUUGUAGUUAAAACUGGUAUAAUUAAUAAAAUAGCAUCUAUAAUACUA